CGCCAAUCGCCCCGCAGCUUUCGGGGCGCUGGCCCCGCCCCUUGCGUCGGCGAAGGACAAAGUGACGGAGCCGGCCGCCCGGGCAGCCUCUAGCGCCCAGCAGCGGUCCGCGCGCUGCCGCCAUCUUAGGAGGUCGCCAUGUUCUCGUCCAUCGCGCCGCUCGCCCGGCUCAACCCCUUCUACGCGCCGCAUUUCCAGCUGGUCCAGGAUGGCGUGAGGAAACGCGCGGAGCCAGCGGAGGCGCCUACCGCUCGGCGGGGCCUGGCGGCCGCAUCCGCCGCCGAAGAAUACAGUUGUGAAUAUGGCUCGCUCAAGUUUUAUGCUCUCUGUGGCGUUGGUGGGGUCCUAAGUUGUGGCCUGACACACACUGCUGUUGUACCUCUGGAUUUAGUGAAAUGUCGUAUGCAGGUUGAUCCACAAAAAUACAAGAGCAUCUUCAAUGGAUUUUCAGUGACAGUCAAAGAAGAUGGUGUUCGUGGCUUGGCUAAGGGAUGGGCUCCAACCUUUAUUGGAUAUUCCAUGCAGGGGCUUUGUAAAUUUGGUUUCUAUGAAGUUUUCAAAAUCCUAUAUGGCAACAUGCUGGGAGAGGAAAAUGCAUAUUUGUGGCGUACUUCGCUAUAUUUAGCUGCAUCUGCCAGUGCGGAGUUUUUUGCUGACAUUGCUCUGGCUCCAAUGGAAGCUGCUAAAGUUCGUAUUCAGACACAGCCUGGAUAUGCUAACACUCUGCGGCAGGCUGUACCUAAAAUGUUUGGAGAAGAAGGCAUCUGGGCUUUCUAUAAAGGUGUUGCUCCACUAUGGAUGAGACAGAUUCCAUACACAAUGAUGAAAUUUGCCUGCUUUGAACGUACUGUUGAAGCUCUCUACAAGUACGUCGUUCCCAAGCCACGAAGUGAAUGUACAAAAGCAGAACAGCUGGUAGUCACAUUUAUUGCAGGCUAUAUUGCUGGUGUGUUCUGUGCAAUUGUUUCCCAUCCUGCUGACUCCGUGGUGUCUGUGUUGAACAAAGAAAAGGGCAGUUCUGCCUCACAGGUUCUUAUGAGGCUUGGAUUCAAAGGUGUAUGGAAAGGUCUGUUUGCUCGUAUCAUUAUGAUUGGUACCCUGACUGCACUACAGUGGUUCAUCUACGAUUCUGUGAAGGUUUAUUUCAGACUUCCUCGUCCACCUCCACCUGAAAUGCCAGAAUCUCUGAAGAAGAAGCUUGGUCUAACUGAAUAGACAACUCAUGGACUGACUAUGCUGGCUGUCCCAGUGAUGAGUUUCAUGAAACUUUUAUAUAUUUCACUAUGUAGAAAACAAACUCUAUAUGAUGUCGUUAUUGGCUGUGCCCUCAUCCCAUAUGAGGGUUUAAAUUCUAUCACUGUCAUUGCCUGAAAUAAAUGAGAAACAGAG